UAUAAGCAUCAAGGUACUGGGAGUGAGAGGCUGCAAGAAGAGCAGCACCAAUUCCUGAACCAUCAUUGGAAUGCUCAAUGAUGAUACUUUCUGAGACAUCUUCACCAACCAAUUCAUUAUCGCUAUUCUCUAUGCACUUGCUAUUCUCAGUGUAAUGCUCAUAUACAGUGUUUGGUUCCAACCACAUUGCAGACAUGUCAGUGUUGAUGGUCAUGAGACAAAUUUUACACAACACUAGGAGCUCAUGCUGCUGCAAAAACGUUUACUAUUUUACUUAAAUAUACUUUUUCUUCUCGAAAGUUCUUAGAGAAAACAGUGAAAAGCAGAAGGAAAUUCAACGUCACAUCAAAGUACUCGUGUGCUUUUUCAGAUAUCAAAGGUUCAAGUACGUGUGCUGUUUCAGUCUAUAACUAGAAGUUUGUUCCUAAACAAAGGAAGAACACGAUUGCAAGCAAGAUGUGGCAAAGAAGCCACGGGUCUUCAGAGGAGAGGAAACUGGAGCUUAGGCUUGGUCCACCUAGCGAAGAGUCUUUCGAUGAAAGCAUCAAAAAAUACAUCACAGAAAGAAACGAAUCACCGCUCACUCUUGGUUACUUUUCACCUCAUGAAAUUUUCACUUCUGACAAACCAGGUCCAGGUGGGGUUAUGGUGCCCAAUGCAUGGAGUUACCAACACCAGGCUAAACCAAAUGUUUCAUCAUUUUUUCAACUCCAAUCAAGGUCACAAAACUUGUUAAUGAUGAGAAAGGAAGUGUCACAACAACUUUGUUGUGUAGAGAACAAGGCAUUCUCACCCUCUUAUGCAGAAGCGACCGUAUGCACAAGCAGAACUGUUUCGGAUCCAGUAGUGGGUUGGCCUCCAAUUCGUUCCUUCAGGAAGAACAUUGCAAGUGGAAGCUCUUCAAAGCUGCCUACUGGGUCCCAACAAUAUCAACAUUUUGUUCCAGACAACGUUGCUAGCAAACAACCUACUUACAACUGUGGCAAAGGCUUGUUUGUGAAGAUCAAUAUGGAUGGUGUUCCUAUAGGAAGAAAACUGAACAUUAAUGCUUAUGACAGCUAUGAAAAACUUUCCUCUGGUGUUGAUGAGCUCUUUAGAGGCCUACUUGCAGAGAUGAAGUUAUCUCAUAUUGCCUCUUCCCACUGUUUUUCUGCACAAAGAGAUUUCAUUGCUGGUGGAAUUCAAAACAAGGGAGAGGAAGAGAAAGAGAAAGGCAACACAGGUUUUCUGGUUGGAAGUGGAGAAUAUACUCUUGUUUAUGAGGAUAAUGAAGGAGACAAAAUGCUUGUUGGAGAUGUACCUUGGCACAUGUUCGUGUCGACAGUGAAGAGGCUGAGGGUGUUGAAGAGUUCUGAUCUUCCUGCAUUUGCAUUUAGAAAUAAGCAAGACUAGCCACACUACUUGAUUUGGCAAUAAAGAAUGAAGCAGUUUGGGGCAUUCUUCCAUUCUGAAACUCCAAGACUAAAGAGUGUUUUUAUUUGACCUUUUGGUUCUUUUCAAUGUUGAAUAUUAGACAAUGAAAUAUUCAAUUAAUAAGUAAUGUUUGUAUCAAGGAAUGUACCUUGUUCUUACUGAACUUCUGAUUUGUUUCUGCACGUGCAAGAAUAAACAAACUCAUGUGUACUCAUGAUUUUGCCUUUAACUUAGUUCUUAGUU